CUUGUUUCUCUUCGGAGGUAUAUGAGUGCAGCGCACCUUGUAAGAACUCAACGCGCCCUUCCUUAGUGUUUUAAUUUGAUUUACGGACAUGGCUACGGAUUCCUGGGCUCAGGCUGUGGAUCAACAAGAAGCUGCAGCUGAGUCGAUAAGCAACCUUCAGUUAAAUGAAAAGGAAGACAAACCCAAAGCAGAGGAAAAUGGAGCCAAACCUGAAGGAGAAGGAGAGAAGACUGAAGAGGAAGAUAAAGAGGACAAAGCUGCCCAGUCACUGCUGAACAAGUUGAUACGAAGCAAUUUGGUGAACACCACUAACCAAGUGGAGGUUCUUCAGAGGGAUCCGAACUCUCCGCUUUACUCAGUCAAGUCGUUUGAGGAGCUGCGAUUGAAGCCUCAGUUACUUAAAGGUGUUUAUGCCAUGGGCUUCAACAGACCCUCCAAAAUCCAGGAGAACGCUUUGCCCAUGAUGCUUGCAGAACCGCCACAGAAUCUUAUAGCACAGUCUCAGUCAGGGACCGGUAAAACUGCUGCCUUCGUCCUGGCCAUGCUCAGUCACGUGGAUCCCAACAACAAAUGGCCUCAGUGCCUGUGUGUGUCGCCUACAUACGAGCUCGCCCUCCAGACGGGCAAGGUCAUAGAGCAGAUGGGCAAAUUUUACCCCGAAGUCAAGCUGAUGUAUGCGAUCCGAGGAAACAAACUGGAGAGAGGGGUGAAGCUCCAGGAGCAGAUUGUGAUCGGUACCCCGGGUACGGUCCUGGACUGGUGUCAGAAGCUCAAAUUCAUCGACCCGAAGAAAAUUAACGUGUUCGUACUGGAUGAGGCGGACGUCAUGAUCGCCACACAGGGUCACCAGGACCAAAGUAUCCGCAUCCAAAGGAUGUUGCCCAAAUCCUGCCAGAUGCUCUUGUUCUCAGCGACGUUCGAGGAGUCUGUGUGGCACUUCGCCACGCGGAUCGUCCCUGACCCAAACAUCAUCAAACUGAAGAGGGAGGAGGAGACGCUGGACACCAUUAAGCAGUAUUACGUGUUGUGCAACAACAAGGAGGAGAAGUUUCAAGCCCUCUGUAACAUCUACGGUGCCAUCACAAUCGCACAGGCCAUGAUCUUCUGUCACACCAGGAAAACAGCAGGCUGGUUAGCAGGAGAGCUGUCUAGGGAGGGUCACCAGGUGGCGUUACUGAGCGGAGAGAUGCAGGUGGAACAGAGGGCAGCCGUGAUCGAUCGUUUCCGAAACGGCAAAGAGAAAGUCCUGGUCACUACGAACGUCUGUGCCAGAGGUAUCGAUGUGGAGCAGGUCUCUGUGGUUAUUAAUUUCGAUUUACCUGUGGAUAAGGACGGAAACCCUGACAACGAGACGUACCUGCACCGGAUCGGGCGCACGGGCAGAUUUGGCAAAAGAGGCCUGGCGAUCAACAUGGUGGACAGUCGGUUUAGCAUGAACGUCCUCAACCGCAUUCAGGAGCACUUCAAUAAGAAAAUCGAAAAACUGGACACGGACGAUUUGGACGAAAUCGAGAAAAUAGCGAACUGAGGAGAGGGACGAACAUCUUCAGCAGUGGUUUAGGCCGGGAGAAGAACUACACUGUGGAGGACAUUAGAGAGGAUGUGGAAAUGUCUUAUUUUAGAUUUACUUUUAAUAGGUUUUAAUAUUACCACAAUUUCACUCUUUGUACUUCUUAAUAAACAUCUGAGCGUGAUUUUUUUUUUUUUUUUUUUUUUUUUUUUAAAAUAUGAGUAAAUAAGGCAAAUUGGUCUCUAGAUUAUUUGUGCAUUGCACACUGAGCUUUGAUCAAUUUUUAGUGAAUAUAUUGGGUGUUCAUUAUUACGGAAAGCUCGUCUAGGGAACAGGAAUAACAAAAGUUUUCUAUUUCUGCUUUACGUCGUGUGCUUAACAUAUUUUAAGGUCUAAAUAAGUUUCUAAACAAGCAAACCUCUUAUUGAGGUACAGAUUGUCUUCAGUUGUUUGAAGAGCUUAUUAUUAUUAUUAUUAUUAUUAGUAGUAGUAGUAGUAGUAGUAGUAGUUGUUUUAGUAUUAUUGUAUAUGACCUCAGAAACAUCAGUGCUGACGGUACUGGUAACUAUUAUUCGCUUCGAUCAUGUUACAAAUAAAAUUGCCAAAGUUAAAGAUUGUACAAAUUGAGGUUUUUCAUCAGCCAAAGUCUUGUGCCUGUACUGAUUUGUACCAGUAUACCUUAAAUAACAAACUGGACGUGAAAUCAAUCAUUUGACACCGAUUGUACACAAGAAGCAAUAGUGGGUUUUAAUUAAGAAGUACAAAGAGUGAAAAUGUAAACUUCUAAUUAAAGUUUAACUCGUGUUGAAGGUGUUGGUGUGGAGCUGGAGCGACGUGUGCGGCUAAAAUGUCACACCGGUGUGCUUUUUAGCCCCAUGAAGGCAUCCUCUGUGUUAUUUCCAGGUAGUCAUUCUAGCAAAGUUAUAAUGUGAAACAUUUUUUUUGUCUCACCGUCAACACACGAGACUGCCUCUUAAAUGAUGGUUUACUCAUUUAGACAAGUGCUUGAAAAAACAAGUCAAUAUGCAACUGACUGUGUGAAAUGUUUCUUCACUUCACAAUCGUCACCAAUUUGUAUGUUUUUAUUUGUACGUUUUUAUUUUCGGUAUUAUUAAGUUCUUCAUCAAACCGUCUUAUCAGAGGCGCCAACGUUACUUACAUGGAAAUCCUUCUAAAACUAUUUUACCACAAAAAGCUUUAUGGUUGUGAAAGAGUUGCUUUUUUUUUUUUUUGGGUACAUCCAGACGUGACCGUUAGAUGACACCUAAAUCAAGUUGGCAGAAAGUCAAAGCAAAUGCAGGGUCUUUAAGUUCCUUGUCCUUUCCCCUUUGGUGAAAUUUAUUUGUUUUUUUUCCAUGCAAAUAAAUUUUCACCAUGUUCACAGCUCUAAAAACCGGCGUUUACCGAAGUCUCCUGUGUCCCAACAUCGAGAGCGAAAACAAAUGCUACAUCUUUAAACCAUAAAUUUUGCCUCCUUUUUUCUCAAACAUAAUUUUUUAUGGUCAUUUGGGGACGGGAGUCUGUCUACAAAAAAAUCCUGCUUGAUUUCAGGGUUUAAACAUGUUCCUCGUCCCUCUUGAUUACAUGCUUAUUUACAUAAGGAGCGUAGCAUGCAAACAGACUCGAAACCAAGAUAAAAGACGACGAUCCUGAGCUCAAUCGCUUCUUGACGGGCCUCUCCGUUCAUACGGACAUUUUUAACCUCGUUCUGGAUGCCGAGUUGUUAUUCCCUCUUAAAUAAAUGAAAUGAACUGCGCUUUAAAUGACCAUAUUGUCAUUACGUUCCUGAGGACGACACAAACGAUAUGCAACACUCCAGCUGGUGUGAGACGCAUCAUGUAUCUGUGCGACUGGAUGUUCUGACUGUAUUGUAGAGUUCUGUGUAAGGCUGAUGUGUUGUACUGCAGUAUGCCGAAUGCUUCUUGUCCUAGAAAUACACUGACAUGCUGAAA